AUGGAGGGCUUGCCCACACUUGUCGUGCCUGAUGAUCCCGAGACUGGGGCAAUCGAGCGUCCCAAGACCCCUCCACCGAUCCAGAUCGAUGAACAGCGGUUGCUGAGCAAUACUACGCAUCUACCGGUGAAGCUACAAGCGCUACCCAAUGCUCCAAUAGCGCCAGAGACGUUCAGUACUCCCGGUUCAAAGCAGUCAACACCUCGACAACCUACUGCGCGUGAUAAUUCCCAAAUUUCAGGUUCAAAGCAAUCAACUCCGAGGCCUCCGACAGCUCGAAAUGAGGCUCAACCGCCUGGAUCAACGAAGACAACGCCCAGACCGCCUACAAUUCAUGAUGGCCAACAAGAACAGCCAGACGUAACUCCAGUAUUGACUAUUGGUAUCGAUACUACACUCGAUGAAUUGACUAGACCUCUAUCACCUCGUGCUGCCUCACUGAGUAGUAAAGACUACAAGGCCAUGGCGAAGCGCGCCGCCGCUGCAGCCAAGCUCGAUCGUCUCGCUGCAGGCAACAAAUCUGUAUUCGACGCCAAUAUGAACGACAUCGCUGAGUUAGGGAUCGGAAUGGAGCUGUAUUUCUUAUUGAUCAAGUACUUAAGCUGGGCUUUCUUUACGAUGGGGAUUGUAUCUCUACCAGCCAUUAUAGUGAACUACUACGGCGACGGCGUGACGGCCAAGAUGGUAGAUCCACUGCAGUUAGCGUACGCAUCACUAGGCAACCAGGGCGUGAACCCGGAUAUCGCGAGCGAUCCGUCUCAAUGUCUACCGAUCGGGGAGAUCGACUGUACCGGGGCCACCGUCAGUACGCCGUUUACAACGGACCCGCAGACUGUGGCUUGGAUCGUGACGUCGAGCGAUGCCAUCUACUCGUUCGUCUUCCUCAUCGUUUACUUGCUGUUCCGUCGUCAUGCAAGACGUGCCAUUGACGCUCAUCAGAACGAACAUCUUACGCCGGCCAAGUACGCGAUUUUCGUCCGUGGUUUACCUCCUGACGCUACAGCUCGAGAGGUGUUAGACCACUUUAACUCGCGUUAUGACCCAACUCAAGAGGAGUCCUACUACCCGUUAUGGCUUGGAUGUUGCUGGGGACGACGGCCACGUCGAAUCAAGCACUCAUUGUCCAAAGGCGCAGCCAAUUGCAACGUUGUGAACAAUCUGGAGCAUCUUUGGAGACCGGAUGACCUCGGUCUAGCGCGGCCCGGCACUGGCCAGCCAAGACUGAGUACGGCCGGGUUGGCCAGACCAAGCACGACUAGUCUGGCCAGGCCUAGCACGUUUGGUCAGCCCAGGCCACUCACAGGGCCUCCUGUUACUCCACGCGACGCUAUUUUGGCCAAACAAGAAGAACAUCAAAUGUACUUGGGUACUUGGAUUGCCGAGGUGAGCAUCGCUCACCCUACCGGCGGAUUAUUGCGAACAUUUCUGGCCAUGGAAGUGCUCACCCGCAAGAUUUCGGAAGCUCAAGCACUGGUUAGUAUUCUCGCUCAAGAGAAGGAUCAGGCCGAGCUCGCACUUCAAAACUGGGUGCCACCUCCAGACAAGAAGAACCCGAAAAAGCCGAAAUCAACUUUCAAAAAGGCCGACGAGUUGUUGCUCCAGGCCACAACGAAAAAGCUGGAACGGCUUCUAGCUGCGAUGACCAAGAAAACCAGCAAACUCAAGGCUCUUAAACAGGCAAAUAAACAACUCCAGGAUCAACUGAAGCAAGAAGCUGAGGCUGCAGCGGCACCCGAUACGUCUACAACUGGUACCAAACCAAAGACCAAACCGAAGAAAAUGAAAGCUCCAGACGCUAAACCCUUCGAUCUCAACGCCUGUGAGUGCGCGUUCGUGGUCUUUAACAACCUCGAAUCACGUCGUCGCUGUAUCCAAGACUACCGACGCUCAGACCAAUGGAUACCACAUAAAUUUCAGCCGAAAUCACUACGUUUCCGCGACGGUAAAUAUCCGCUUACAGUGCUCGCAGCUCCUGAACCGUCUAAUAUUUUGUGGGAAAACCUUGAGGUGACAGCGCGAUCUCGUCGGAUUCGUCGCGGUUUUACGAAUUCCGUGACAUUUUUACUCCUCCUUCUCUCCGGGGUUAUCAUUUCUGCAGCCCAGUCAGCGCAACAGACUUUCAAGGAUAAGGCACCCCCUGCUGGACUCUGUGAAUCCACAUUACCAGAGAUUUUCUACGCUAGUCCAGAUUUUCUCGACGCCAAAGUAUCUUGGGAUCUCGAGUGGGACUCUAACGCUACAUGCACACCUGGAGAUAGUGGAGAAACUCGCUAUCAUGUUGCGUAUUCGAAUGGAAUUAUCAACGAUAUCACGGUGGAUAAACCUACGUCUCCUGUUAAUGAAUUACAUCGUUGUACCGAUCCGUGUGUUUCUGAAAAAUCGAGCACAAAAUGCAACACACUUGCAUGCUAUAAUGGCGCAGUACGCGAAGAAACCGGCGCAGACUGCGAGACGUAUCUGGCUAGUCAUGUUCUCUAUUGUCUCUGCACUGCACAACUUCAGACCAGUAUCGCGGAAUUCGGAGUAAUUGACGGACCGCAGGAACUCUGGAACACAUUUCUACCAUGUCGUGGCUUCCUGACCGAUUUUCUCGCCAAAAACGCUUUUAUUGUCAUCGCUUCCGCCGUCGUGGUUAUUGUAAACAUCGUGCUCAAGUCCACACUACGAGGCUUUGCAUCUUUCGAGCGACAUACAAGCGAAUCAGCUAAAGCGUCAGCCGUGGCUCUUAAAAUGUUUGCAGCUCAAUUUCUCAACACCGCUAUCAUUGUGCUUGUAGUGAACGCGGCGCUGUCACUAAGCGCUGUUCCUGUCGUUGGAGAGCUCUUUCGAGGCAAGUACAGUGAUUUCCAGCGAGACUGGUACCCGACUGUGGGCAUGGGUGUCACGAUGACAAUGCUGAUCAAUGCCAUUAUGCCGCAUUGCAUACUGUUGCUGCAACUGUGUGUAAUUGGCCCCUUAAAGCGCUGUCUAACACGUCGUAGCGUGCGAACACAGGAGAAAAUGGACCAACUGUAUGCUGGGCCAACGUUCGACUUGGCUGUGAGGUAUCCUAUGAUCCUGAACUCGGUCUUUGUGACGCUAGUUUUCUGUGGAGGUUCCCCUGUGCUACUGUUUAUCGCAACUUUAGCCUGUACCGCAACAUUCUGGAUCGAUAAAUUGUCGCUGUUGUGGCUUUACAGUGUCAAAACAGCGUACGAUGAAGCUCUGGGUGAAACUGUGCUGGGUUUAUUACCGUGGGCAUUGGUAGCUCACUUGGCCUUUUCCUCUUGGAUGUAUGGCAAUACGGAUUUAUUGAAGGCUCCGACGUUGAAACUCGGCUGGGUUUUUGAGUUGUUUGGUCUUAGUACGGACGGAGCAACGGAUACUGAAGAGAUGUACAACAAACUGGUCGCACAGGCCACUACGUUCGAUCCAUUAGGAAAGAAUGGCUUCAUUGUAAAGGUUCUCCAUGUGAACGUGAUGCUUAUGUUCAUCCUGUUCCUACUGGUGGUACUUGGUAUCCUCCUGUCUGCUGUUUGGGUGCGAGUGCUUCUACCAGUUCUACGCAGCACAGUUGGUCGUAUUCUACUAGCAGUAUGGAGUCGUUUGCGACCACUCUUCCGGUUCUGUCGAUGUCGCUGUUCGUGCUUCAAAAGAAGGAAAAAUGUGGUUAAACCUGAGCCUUCACCCAAUAGUUCGCCUCAGAAACCUCCGACUGGAGGAUCGGCAAAAGUUGCUGCAGAAAUUGUACUCACGGACAUUCCAACAAGCGAACUCACUCUACACACAGGCAAAGAAGACGGGUUGAACGGAGCAGAGCCGUUAGUACAGAAGUCUUCGGUAGUGACAGCGUGGGCACCGGAACCAGCAUCAGCUGAGCCAAUUGAGACCUUACCCAAAGUUCCGUUGUCAGCUCGAACAGUACCGACAGAAGUAGUACUACCGGAGUUUACCGAUGUGUUCCGAAAGUCCGUGGGUCCGAAAUUCCGGCCGGACGCGAAGCUGGGCUUUAAGCGCGACUCCAGUCGUCCAUCUGAGCUGGUUCGGUACUGGAAGGAGGAGACGGUAAGCAAUGGUUAUCAUCGCAACCCGGGAGAUCCGAUGCGGACGUGGGAAGCCAUUCAGGCCCCCGUCAAGACGUACGCUAUUGAAGCCAACGCUAAGUACAGACUGGCAGUGGCUGAGCUCGUGGCAGCUUCAAGACGAGCUCUUACGAUUGCAGAAAACCCAGAGACGCCAUCUCAUUCCCCUUCAAAGCCUGAAGGUGCAGUUGUUGCACCAACUUCUGUUGAAGCAGUACCGGUAAUACCUGAAGAGACAGCGGUAAAGGAUGAAGAUCCGAAAGAUGAGGUGAAGCCGGAAGACACUGCCAUAACUCUCGGAUAGGCACAAGGAAUGUUUAUUUAAACUCAUAAAGAGCUUUACAAGUGAAAUUCUCC